AGCAGCUGAGUCGACUUAUUGCAGUCACAAUUGAACCGUCGGACGGUAAACAUGUUGCGUCCUGUCCCAAAACAGUUUAAUAAAUAAUUAACAAGACAAAAUAACAUUUGUCGUGUUAUUUAUUAUCACAAAUUGUUAACAAUCAUUACCAAACUACAGUGAUAAUAUUCAAAUUGUUUUAGUGAGUGAAAUAACAUUUUUAAACUGCGGAAACAUCUAGAACCGUCGGAUCCGUAUUGACUAAAUUCUAGUUCGUUUUUUUUUUACUCUCUCGUUUUCUCAGUUUUUUUUUGUUAAAGCGCGAAUUAAUUAUCUGAGUAAUAGUAAAACAACAAUGUAAUUAAUUCAAGUUAUUUAGUGUAUUAAAUCAGUGAUUAUUAUUAUUAUUAUUAUUUGAAUAAUAAUAGUAGUGAUGGAAGGCAUAACCUCUCUUUAAGUUCGACCAGCCGGCGCCCACAAUUAAAGGGAAUAUCACCGAAGCUCUGCUACGUAGUUGACGUUUUUUUAUUUUCAUUUAUAUUUUUAAUUGCAAUUACUUUUGUUAAUUACAUUAACUUGUUGAACGAGUAUUAAUUCAAAGUUUUAUUUAAUAAUAAUAAUAAAUUUAAAUUUAAAUUUGAAUUUAAAUUUUUGAAUUCAAAAAAGUGUCGGUGAAAAAUAGUGACGUUUAAAGUUAACACCGAAAUGAUAUUUAAAUAUAUGACAAUAGUGUUAUUAAUAGGCUUUGAAUAAUUAUAAAAACUUGAAUGUUAUUGACACGUGUAUAAUUAAAUAGUGAUAAAGAUGUAGACCACCGACGGUUAAGUUUUGAUGAGUAGCCGGGAUAUUGUCCCGAGUUUACGUGUCGUCUAAUCAAACCAGCGGGUUAAUUAGUUUUACUUUUUUUUUAAUUGUUUUUGGUUUUGUUUAUGUUUUUUUACUUCCGGUUGAUGGUGGAUUUGAAUUAGUAGCGUUCUGGCUUAUGGAUGUAAAUGCUAGUGAUUUUGAGUGGGGAAGUGUAAAAAUUGGUAAUUAAGGAAAAGUGAAAAAAAAAAGCUGAUGGUGAAACUGGAAGUUAAGUUGGAAACAACUGAGGAUAAUUUUGUAAUUCCUCUUUAAUUAAAGCGGGAUGAUAUCCCGCAUCAUUAAAAUAUCAAUCGCCUAAUCAUCACAGUGGAGUUCUGUUUUAUUGCUGCCUCGGGAGGGGGUGGUCCAAUGUUGGUCCCUCCCGUGGCCCAAGGGGGAACUGGCAGCCGCCAGGUUGGCGAUGCCGGGGUACGGAGUGCCCAUAACUCCGUCCCUGGUACAGCCACAGCUUUGUGGCCCCUUGCGCCUGCACAUACUAAUCUACCAGGGAGUCAUCAGUCCCAAGCAACGCCACCCUUAGCUGCCACCCCUGGACCACCACACAAUCAAGGCAUUAAUCGAUACGAGCUGUAUUCCUUAUUUCCAGGAAGUAACGGGGGUAGUUAUGUGGCAACAGCACCAGCCACCCCAGCGGCUACCCCCGGAAGAACAUAUCAUGCGACGACACACAAAGCAGAACGGACAGUUUCAGAAAGUGUAUUCUCAGCAGCCGUGGGAGUUGGAGUUGGUGGGUACACUUGGGGUGCACCUACUCCACCACCAGGUUCACCCUACAGUCCUGUACCGGGAGUAACUCAGCUGGAAUUGCUGGCAAAAAAUCUAGCAAGUCUUGCGCCCCAUCAUCCCCAGCAGCCGCUUACUCUCCAGGGUGUGGGGGUCAAUGUUGGAGCCAGUGUACACCAUGCUCAGCAUACUCAACAUACUCUAAAUCUCGCUGGACUUCAUCAUCUUCAUCACGGUGAGUCGAUGGUGACGAGUACAUCGACGACCUCGUUUACGUCAAAAUUUAUUGACGAACGUAUAUUAACACUCGGUGGUAUCCAUCAGGGAACUUUUUCACCCCAACUUUCCCUCGUAACUGCGGGUACACCAACGCUAACCAUAAACAGUUUUUCUUCACCAAACACCCAAGCAAGCGUUGUGCCAACAAACGGUGGACUAUUAGUCCAAGAGUACCAGCCCGGGGAACCGAAUAAUCAGAUAGCUGUUUGUCCAUCAUCAACCAGUGGAUCAUCAUCAAUACCAACAGCUACAGCUGCCUGUACAGUCAGCACAGUAAUAGUCCAAGGUGCGCAAACUGGCAGUACUUUUGUGCAGAGUACCAUGAAAAAACGUGAAUCAUUUGUUACUGCUCAAGCUGCUGCCCAAACGUCAAUAAAACUUGAGAAUAAAACAACAAGGCAAUCUUGUAUUUGUAAAAGCACCAACGUCAACAGUAGUGGCAAAACAAAAGUUGUCCAUUCAGAGGCGGGAUGCAGCCGGACUUUACCAGUUGUCUCAUCCUGGAACGGUCAAGACACAUCGUCCUGCACGAAUACCUUCAACCAGAGUGCCGCGACUAAUCUCAUCAAGCGGGAACCUCUUGCUGCGGUGCCUUGUCAAGUAGCUGAAGUAUCAACGUCUCUUCACGCUACGACUACGGCUGUUAAAAUUGAACCGCUUCCACCUAAAUCUGAGAAUGGAAUAGUUGUGUCUACUGCUGCAGCCAGUGGCAUUCCUGUGGGUAUCGCUGUUGCUCGCCAGAGGUUACAACAUCAUCAGGAAACAUCGUCUACGUCCAUGCGAAAUGUCUCACUGAGUCAUCAUACUUCCCAUCAUGCCAGCUAUCACCACUUUCAGCCGGACAAUCUUGGUUCGACCACGGCCAUGGCGAUGGGCGGCGCAACUCUUGUUCAUUGUGGCACUGGUGGGGAAGAUCGUCCUGCCCAUCUCGCCAUUCCCUCGGGUGCUGCUUUGGCACCCUCUCUCAGUGCUACCCUAAAUUCGGGCCUCAGCAACAUUGGACCAAGUGCGCCGGGCACAUGGCCUCCAACACUAUGGCAAUACCCCACCACAGCAGCAAUGCCUUCUUUGGAACCCGUUGGAUUUCCACAGCUCGGUGUUGGUUUACAAGGUGGCCUUCAAUUAGUUCGAGAUCCGACGAGUGGUCAUCUUUUACUCAUCCAUGCAGCUGCAGAACAAAUGCAACAGGCAGUGGUUUGGCCAAACUAUCCAUCAGUUCAUAGUGCUCCAAACAUUGGUGCUCCACCGUUAUUAUUACCAGGGCCUACAACUCCACCAUCACUCCAAUUACUCAGUGAUAUCAAUGGUGCUAGACUUGUAUUAACAGAGAACAAACGGAAGCAGCAAAAUAAUGUUCCUAUUGUUAAAAUUGAAGCUGAUUGUGCCACUCCAAAUGCAACUAUUAUCGCUUCCGCAGAAUCGAGUAAAGCCUUACAAACGGUAACAACAAUGACAGGUUCAUUGGUAACAGAUACUCCACUUCUAACAACAUUACACUAUUAUCCUCAUGCUCCUGCUCUUGUACAAAUCAGUCAGUCCGAAUCAAUGCAGUGUCGAACGCAGCAACGGAAUACAUUCAUCUCAAAGGCAACAUCACCAGUGUCAUGUUUAACACCCCCACCGGAAGUGAUGCCAGCUCACGCGAUCGAAACACUUGAUAAUGUGCUGAAUGUCCAAGACGCUUCGAAUCAAACGGACGCUCCUGAGACUGAAGACGAUCAUCAAUCGUCAAUCGAAAUCGACGGGCUGCCCAUCAAACAAGAGCAAGUAUUUUCCUCGUGUCAUCAAACGUCGGGAAAUUUCACAAAUUUCGAUAUCGUGUCUUCAAGUAUCGAACGACCGCGACUCAACAGCAUCACCGAGCCAGCCUCAGAUGUCCACAAGAAAACAACAAAAGUCGACAAAGCCUUGAUCGCACCUCUGUCCAAAGAUUUACUCAAGACUGAGGCCAUCAGUUCAAUCGACCAGGCGAUAGACAGCGUAGUCUGCAAGUCAACAGAAGAAGACGAUGUAUUCGACCCAGCAGCCGACGAAGCCGUAAUUGAAGAACGGAUACGUCGACGUCCGUCACGAGUUAUCGAAAUAACGGAAGAAAAUUGCGACAGUUUCCAUGAAAAUUUGGAAUUCUUUGGGCGCCGCAAAGAUCCCGUUGAGUUGCAUCGCAAGCCUCAAUAUUCUGAGGAGAUGUUUAAUAAAGAAAAAUUGCGGUGUGAGGAAUUGAGUAUCGAUGACAAUGUCGACGUAACUGACGAUGCGAAUGCCGAUAAAGAUUAUCAGCAGCCGGUAUCAUCGACCCUCGUAACUUCAGAGCAGACUGAGGAUACUGAGGAUGUAAAUAAAAAUAGCAAAGUAGCCAGCAGUUCUUCCAUUGAAUUUCUGCAGUCUUCAGACCAAGUUGACUCAAGUUGUUCGCCUUGUGAGAAAGUCAUUGAUGACACUUUUAUCAGCGGCAAAUCUCUGGACAUGCCUUCAAUUGACUGUGACGAGGAAGUUAAUCAGCACGCUAACCUCAAAGUCAAAGAAGAAUCGAUAAAAUCAAAUAAUUAUGACGAAUGUCCAGUAGUUAAUGAUAAUAAUAAAAGUCUUCCGGAUAAAUUAAAUCGUAAUGAUAAAAAACAUAACAAUAAUGAUAAAUUUCACGCGGGCAUUGAAAACGUUGUGGAAAAAUUGAAGAAAAAUGCGGCUGCUGCUCAGCAAGACAAUUCUUCAUUAGCUUUUAAAUCAAAUGACAAAGAACAAAUAGAUAAUAAUUUUAAUAAUUUAACCACCGCAACAACAGCGACACCUGUCGUAAGAUCAGUCGGUCGCUGCCUGCCCCGUACCCUAAACAAUGGGUUAAAAAAACAUAUUCUGCGUUUUUACGAAACCGAGUCAUUGAUUUCGGAAAAUGUUGAUAGCAAUUCAAUUAAAAAUGAUGAUAUUCCUGAUAAAAGUGACGAUACUUUAAAAAAAGAUACGAUUUUAUCAAAUAAUAAUAACGAUAAAUUAUCGCAAAUUGUAAAUCCCACAAUAUCUGAAAAAACAACUAAAAAUUUGUCAUCAAAAAUAGAUACCGAUGAAGAAAUGACUGAUGAUGACGAUGCAUCAUGUAAAUUAAAUAUUAAGUCAUCAGGUGGUUUAAAAAAUUUACAAACUCUUCAGCAGUACAAAAAUAAUCAAACGGGAAAAAUAAAAUCAAAUGUUGACCUCAGUGGUCUUGAGUUAUUAUCAAACAGUAUUGCGCAAUUAGAACAUUUAAAGCCAGAUGCUAAUGACAAUACAAGUAGUUCUGACAUUGAAAAUUCACCGGUAAAACAAAAAGUAAAAGGAUCUCAAGAAAAUAAUAAUAAUGUCGAUAGUCCUCUAGGUUUACUCUGUGCGCUAGCAGAGCAACGUUUUAUGGAAGAAGUAGGUGACGAUGUACCAAAACAGGGGGUAAAUAAUGACAAUGCUGAAGAUAUUUCUCAUGCCGGUGUUCUGUUAAUAAAUCUUGCUAAAGUUACGGGUAAUCAUGAUAAAGAUAGCGAUAAAAAUGAUAAUAAAUUAAGUUGCGAAAAACGUCGUCACUCCGUUGACGAUGCGUACGCAAUCAAUGCAAAGAAACCGCGUAAAGAUUUGUUUUAUUCAUUUGAUAACAAUGAGGAUGCGAGUGACGAUGUAAUUAAAAAUAAAUAUUCUGAUAAUUAUGAGGAAGCUGACGAUGCCGAUGACGACUGCACUGAUUCUGAUAAUGACGAAAAUAAAAUAUCGGUGAUUAAUGACAAAGGUAACGGUAAUUUAAGUCCAGUGGAGGUCAGUAUGAGAGAAAGACUCGCGGAUAUUAAGAAGAAAUAUAAAGAUAAACAAAAUGAAUUGCUGACGUCGCCUUUGGAUCAAGACCUGGAUGAUUUUGAUGGUAAAUUGAAACAAUACGAUGACAUUUCAUCGCAUGACAGCUCGAGGUUUAAUAAAAAUUUGAUAAAACUAGCAGAGCCUAGAAGUCAUAUUAAAUUAUUGGACAGCAUUCCCAGUAUAUCGAUACCUGUACCAGUUGCUGAGUCAUCACCGGUCAGUAAAAUCCUUUCCGAACCUGAAGACGACAAUAAAAACCCGGUUGAUUACGACACUUCUUCUUCGUCGCCGACUGUCAGGAGCUCGAGUUCCGCGAAGAAACGCAAAGUCGGACGGCCGAAAAAAUUGAUGUGCUCGUCGACGAGCGCUCGUCAUCUGACGGAAACGAUUGUUGCUAAAAAGUCACGGAGUAAAAGUUCGCUUGUCAGUUGCCUGGUGAAUUCGAAAAAUCGGCAUUCGAAUAAAUUAAAUGGCAAGACCGCAUGUGGGUUAAAUUCUAAAGCUAAAGUAAAUCAGGCGAAAGUAAAACCUAUUAAACAAACGCCACUGCAUAACAAAAAUGUUAUCUGUUCGAUAAUCGCUGAGAAAGCGAAGUUAAGUCAGGACAGUAAAUUAGAGAAACAGGUUAUCAAGUUCAAGCCGAAGUUUAAAAAUCAUAAAGUAAAAGAGUGGGAUGAUGAUAAAGAAUGGGAUUAUUCUGGUGACAAAGUAUCAGAAAUUGAUACUGCUGCUGAUAAGUGCGAGGCGGAAAUAAAUAACCAAGUGGCUGAUAAAUUUCCUCAUGUUUCCAGUGAGGAACAGUCGGUAAUUAAAGAGGAUGUUGAUGACUUAGAUAAGAAAGAUGAAUUCGAGCAUCACGAAAAAUCUAAGAAGAAGAAACGUAAGUCCUCGUCUUCUUCACCGAUGAGACGUAAGUCCAGCGAUCAUGACAAAAAAGAAUCUAAACGCAGAAAAUCAUCGGAUUGUAAGGAGUGCAAAGAAUGCGCGAAAGCGGCUAAGGCUGAAAAAGUUGAAAGCAUCGCAAAUAAAUGUAAGCUCGUGUCAGCGCACUUGGAAAUCGAUCAGCUGAGAGUUCUGACAGCAAUGGGAGGAUUAUUUUACGCUGGACGUCUAAGUGCCGUCCAAGCUCCAGAUAUUUAUGCGAUUACGUUGGACGGGGAGAGAGGCAACAGACCUCAUAUUCAUUCACGCGAGGAAAUUUUGCGGGACGCAAUCGUCGAAAUUUGUCCGACGUCUACUAAAGAAUUGCUGCCGGGUACGAGACUCUGCGCUUACUGGAGCCAACAGUACCGAUGUCUCUAUCCCGGAACUUCCGUUGAAUCUUCAGAGCCAGACUCUGACCUGGAUGAUAAAUUCGUAAGCGUGGAAUUUGAUGACGGCGACAGCGGCAGGAUUGCGUUAGAUGACAUUAGAUUACUGCUUCCUGAUUAUCCUGUCGUCGAGUACGAUCCGAAUCCGCUGCUAACGUUGGGGAAAAAACGCAGACUUACUUCGAUGUCUGAUGACAAACGUUCGGAUCAGUCUGUGUCAGCAGUGACCUCGAGUUUGGUUGAUAAUGAUAAGAUUGAGAGUGAGAAUAAUACUAAAGAGUUGGAUGAGAAGAGCGUUAAUGAAUAUAGAGAGCGUAAAAAAUUGAAAAAACGACGACGCGAUAAGCUCAAGAGACUUGAACAAGUACAGGAUGGUAAGAAAAGACACAAAAGACACAAGUGCUGCGAGGAACAUCGGAAGCACAAGCAUAGAAAACAUCGUAAGCAUAAACAUAAACAUGCGCAUCAUUCGAGUCACAAUGAAAGCAGUCACUUUAGUGGCGGGGAAAGUUGUUCUGGGUUGAGGACCGAUGAAGAAGAAGAUGAAGAAGACAAAGAUAGAGAUAAAAAUGGAGAUGGGGAUGGAGACAGAGAUGGGGGUGGGGGUGCUACCAAUGAAGCUGCUGGCAAAGAUUUUAUUAAUGAAGAAUCGGAGGUUGAAAAUGAAGUAGUGCAAGAACAGGUGCAAGAAGUCGAUGAGGAACCGGUGGUUGAAGAGAAAAGUGACAAGAAAAAGUCUGAUAAGAAGACGAAAGCGAGAGAAAGACAAGAGUCUGUUGAGAGUAGAAGUAAAAUGGCAGCUUUCUUGCCGGCGAGACAGCUCUGGGGGUGGGCUGGCAAAGGGUACAGAAGACCUGGAGCUAAAGGCAGAGCUAAGAAACAAUUUUUCAAGGCAAUACAACGGGGAACUGAGACGAUACAAAUUGGAGACAGUGCCGUUUUUCUGUCGACUGGUCGACCGGAUCGGCCGUACAUUGGAAAGAUUGAGUCGAUGUGGGAGACCACCAGUUCAAAUAUGAUUGUCAAAGUCAAGUGGUUUUAUCAUCCAGAGGAAACUGUUGGCUGUCCUGCGAACUUGAAGUAUCCGGGCGCGUUGUUUGAAUCGCCACACAUGGAUGAAAAUGACGUCCAGACAAUAUCUCACAAAUGUGAGGUACUUCCACUGCAAGAUUACACAACCAAGUUGGGAAAAGAACCCCAUCGUUAUCUCACCAUUUACGAUAACAACGACAUCUACUAUCUCGCUGGAUACUACGAUCCCACGACAUAUCUACUGACACUGCAGCCUGGCGUUGCUUAAAAAAAAUAUAAACAAUUAAACAUUUACUUAAUUAUAAUUAUAACUAUAAUUACAAUCAUAAUUAAAACUAUUUCAAUAAUAACUGAUAAAAAAAAAAAUAAUUAAUCAGUACCGUAGUUAGCUCUUACGGUGACUUGCAUUGAUAAGUCGAGUCAAUGCAAUCUAAAUGCAAUAAUUAAAAGCUAUGGGCUAUUUAAAUUUAAAAAAAUACUAUUUUAUUAUUAUUAUUAUUAUUAUUAAUUAUCAUUAGUAAUAGUAAUUAACUUGUAAAUAAUGUAUAUAUAUUUUUUUAAUACUAUCCGUUGCUUAUCGCACUAGGUCCAUAAUAUUUCCAUAGACUUAUUAAUAAAUAAACUUAACAAUUUACAGUAAAUAUAUAUAAAAAAAUAUAAUAAAAAGACACCUGAAAUACUAAUAAGUGAUAUUAAGAUAUGCGGUGCUACGUAAUCAAUCACAUUUAAUUGCUGUUUAUAUUAAUAUAUAAAUAUAAGAAAUGCACUAUCGCGUUAACAAAAAAAAUUUUAUUGUUUUAUUUUUUUGUUAUGAUGCUGCGGUAAAAUAAUUUUCAUUAAUUCAUUUUAGUAAUUAUGUGGGUCUUUAAUUACACCCACAAUGUGCAACAUAUAUAUUUAUAUAUAUAUAGAAAUAAUUAGAGUAAUUUUUUUAUAUAAAUAAUUUUUGUAUAGUAAAAUUAAAAAAAAAAAUUGAUGACAAUUUUGGUUGUUUUUUAAAAAAAAAAAAAAAAUGAGCAGAUUUUUUUGAAAAUAAUUAUAUUGAGUACCGUCGAUUCGAUAAUUGUAUAGUGUAGAUUAAAAUAGUUAUGGCUAAUUGGCAAAAUAACUAAAAAUUUAUUGAAAAUACAAUUUAGUACAAAUUUAAAAAAAAAAAAAACACAAUAAUUGUAUAAGUAAUUUAAGAGAUUGAAUGAUGCGUGAGUGUAAUGUACAUUAAUUAAUAUUAUAUAUAUACAUAUAUAUAUAUAAAUAUUAAAAAAAAAAUAAUAAUUAGACAUUUAAAAUUAUGACGAUACUUUAAAAU